AUGGCAGCACCGACAAACUCUCGCUUCCGCUUCUACGCCAUCCUCUCCCUCAUGGUGCUCACAUGCCUCAUCCUCAUCUCCCAGGUCAUCUCCUUCCCAACCGCCACAUCCCUCCUCCCCAGCACCCUGCAGCGCCCAUUCCCAGGCACGGACGCGGACUCCCAUCAGCAGCAGGGGGGAGAUGAAGAAGCAGCAGGAGGUGGCAAACACGGCGGAGACAAGCAACCAGGACCCAACAAACCGCCGUCCUUCCGGAACUACACCUCGGCCCACUCCUUCGACGCCGACGCCGCCGCCUUCCCGGACUGGAUGGCCCGCCUGCCCGACUCGGCCUCGCUCGCCAGCCUCUCCAUCCCGGGCACCCACGACACGCUGACGCACCGCCUCGCCGACCAGGGCUACCAGUGCCAGAACCUGGCCCUGGGCGCGCAGCUGCGCGCCGGCGUGCGCUACCUCGACCUGCGCCUGCGCCUCGGCGCCGCGGGCGACCUGCUCGUCUACCACGCCGCCGCCUACACGGGCUACGCCUACGCCGACGUCCUGCUCGCGGCCUUUGCCUUCCUCGACGCGCACCCGCGCGAGGGGCUCGUCCUGCGCGUCAAGGAGGAGGGCCCGCCGGUCGACGACCACGGCGACGGCGACGCCAGGCCGGGCCCCCUCGAGCCGGGAACGGUGGCGGCGGCCGGCAGCGACGUGGUGAACUCGACCCGCACGUUCGAGGAGGCGUUUAACUACUACCGCCUCGAGGACCCGCGCACGGCGCCCGGCUGCGCCAAGCACCUCCUCCUGCCCGCCGCCCGGUCCGACCGGGCGGCCGCCGAGCAGGGCAGCGAGACCGAGAUGCCCAUCCCGACGCUGGGCGAGCUGCGCGGCAGGGCCCUGGUCCUGCAGGAGUUCGACUCGGCCGCGCCCUACGGCAUCCCCUGGCUCUCGGGGCAGCUGGCGCUCGAGGACUACUGGGUCGUCGCCAACGCCAGCUUCCUCGACGACAAGUGGGACGCCAUCCGGGAGAACCUCGAGCUGGCCGCCGCCGCCUCCCCCAGCCGCGCGGGAGACGGCGCGCAGCAGGAGCCGCCGCGGCGGCUGUACCUGUCGCACCUGAGCGCCUCGGUCGGCGUCCUGCCCAUCGAGGCCGCCGCCGGCCCGCUCGACCACCCGUCCAUCGCGGGCAUGAACGACCGCACGGGCCGGUGGCUCGCGGCCCCCGGGCACAACGCCACGGCGGGCAUCGUCAUCGCCGACUUCCCCGGCCGGGCCCUCGUCGAGGCCAUCCUGUCGCACAACGAGUGGCUCGUGGACCGGCCGCAGCCGCAGCCGCAGCCGCAGCCACGGCGGCGCGCACGUCGCCCGAGGGCGGUGCCCGUGGGUGCCAGGUUAUAG